GAAAAUUAGUAUGUUGAGUGAAAAAGAGCAAAUCGAGUUCUUGGGGAAAAAACCACCAUUGUGUACCAAAAGCACAAUUGAGACCCUUAUGAUGAACUUUUAACAGAUUUCCAAGAAUAUUGAUCAUUUAGAUUAGGAUUUAAAUCAGUUGGCUAAACGUCUUGAUUAUUUAGAAGUAAGUCAAAAUCGAUGAGUUAUUUUAGGAAUCAAUCACAGAACAUUACACCCUCGUUUAACCAUAAAAAUUAGAAACCAAAAAAAAACGUAGAACUGCCAACCUCAUCAAAAGAGAUUUUUAAGUACAUUUUAUUCUAUGCUCAAAUAGUGUCCUUACGAAAAGUGUGACAAAAUCUAUGGGACUGACAUUUCAUUGAAUUUACAUAUUAGACUCAAACAUAAUGGAGGAUCAAAAAUUGAAAGAGAAGAAUUGGCAGUAACCUAUUUGUGUUUAAUCUUAGAAAUAAAUAUUAGAUGCUAAAUUUUAAGAUGAAGUCGAGCCACACCAUAGUUUCAAUCUACCUCCCAACUUCAUCGAAGAUUUCUAAAUCCAUCAUCAAGAAUAUAUACACAAUUUAGAAAAAACUUACAACAAGAGAAUACUACUUUGA